GCCGUGCGAGUAUUUAUACACUUCCUGAUUUAUCUGAUUAUAAUCUCACAAAUAUUAAAAUUCAAUUUUUACCUACUCUUACUACCUCACAUCUUCAACCUAUAGAUGCAGGAAUCAUUAAAUGCUUCAAGUUAAAAUAUCAAAAAAAAUAUAUUCAACAUAUCUUAGAUCAAUUUGAGAGGGGACUAGAUAUUCGAGAUUCUGA